AUGUCCUACUUGUUGGAUGUAGCAAGGAACAGGAGCGUGCGAUGGAGCGGGUCCAACGGCGAGCCCUCCGCAUCAUCAGCCGAGCUGGCAGGCGUGACGUUCCCGAACUACCCACCCUGCAGUCGAGGUGAAACCGGUAACGGGCGGAAGAUGAAGGCCACUUUACAGCUGGAGCAUGACGGGGGGUCGAUCACUAUAUCCCUGGGGAGGGUCCAAGUGGACCGGGACGACAUCCGCACCACCAGUCUGAGGGACACGCUGUGUUACGUCUUAGAGAACGUCAAAGUGUCGUCUCGGGAAAGAACCAAACUGCCGCCAGGCUUGGAGAUGGAGGAUCAGAGCCACGCCCUGGCCAGCGCAGGAGUGACGUCAGAGAUCUCCGGGCUGGGGAGGGACACAGACAACCUGUGUCCGGUGCUGGGGGUGCACGUCUACGUCACUUCCGUCGUGCCGCACAUCAAACCUUUUCUGGACGUAGCGAACGCCGCACUGGGGGAGAUGGCGCGAUGGCAGAGAGACGUCCGUCUUAAAGAAGCGGUGGCCUACUUGCAGGAGCUUGGCGUGGAAGUGGUCCGGGUGUCUCCACACUCCGCCUCUAGUGUCGUCUUCGUGGUCCUGAGCCGCAGCAUGACGUCACUCACGUCGCUAUGGGAACAGUACCGGCAGGGUUACCUCCGGCGGAUGUUCCAGCGGACCCUGGUGAACGAGCGGCUGCUGAGGAAGAUCAGCCGGCGGACGGUGCCGCGGAUAAACGUCAGGAACGUCACCGUGGAGACGUACAUGAACGAGGAACAUUACAAGUUCAGUAGGAACAGACUGCAAAUGAUUAAAGACCAGCUGGUACCUUCAGACGGUUUGGUGAGGGAGUCGCUAAGAAUCUAGAGUUUGCAAAGACUUAAGACCUGUGCCGCGUGUCAAUGUCGGCGUCACCAUGGAAAUGUAGGUGACAUACGAACGUUACAAGUUAGGUAGAAACAGACUCCAGUGAUGACGGACCAGCCCAUACCUUCAGACGGUUUGGUACGGAAGAACGUAGACUUUACUGAGACUUGUUUCACUAUUACUAACGCUACUAUAAACAGGUUACGCUUGGGAACCACAUAAUCAAUUAUCAGAACAAUUAUCAGGAGAU